CGGCACACGAGUCACGGCCAAUAGUUUACGCAGGAAAACGACGGCGACGGCGACGACUCGUUGACGCCUGACGGCCACCCCCGGCCCGCCGCCCGCUUCCGCGCCAUGACUGGUGACUCAGCUCGCGACGAACCGAAUCCGCAGACACGUAGUCCCCACUCCCAAGACGGCAACUACCAAAACUACUGGAGUAGUAGAAUAGAACUACUAGAAGGCAGUAGUAGCCUGAUCUCCGGACACCCGGAAGGAAAGCCAAAGCGGCGGAACGCGCCAGACAGAGUAGCCGGAUAGAGACCCACCUCUCCCUCCCGGAGUCCGUCCGUCCCGCUCCCGCACCGCCUUUCCGCCGAGUAACAAGGCAAGAAUCCCGCGGCGACGGUCAACGAUUCCGGAUGGCCGCAGCGUCCUCGGUGGUCAGGCGUGCCGCCGCCGCCGCCUCCGCCUCGCGCGGCCUGCUCCUCGCCCGCGCCUUCGCCUCGGGAGUUGGCGGCGGCGAGAAGGCCAAGCGGGUGCUGGUGCCGGUGGCCGCCGGCACGGAGCCGAUCGAGGCGGCGGCCACCGCCGACGUCCUCAACCGCGCCGGCGCGCGGGUCACCGUCGCCACUGCCGACCCGCCCGGGGACGACGGCCUCGUCGUCCAGGCCGCCUACGGCGUCAAGUUCGUCGCCGACGGCCGCGUCGCCGACCUGCAGGGGGAGUCCUUCGACCUCAUCGCCCUGCCGGGAGGAAUGCCUGGGUCAGUUGGCCUCAGAGAUUGCAAAGCGCUCGAGAAGAUGGUCAAGACGCACGCCGAGAAUGGGGGCCUGUACGGCGCCAUCUGCGCUGCGCCCGCGGUGACGCUGGCCUAUUGGGGCAUGCUCAAAGGCUUAAAGGCGACCUGUUAUCCGUCGUUCAUGGAGAAGUUCACUGCAGAGGUGAUCCCUGUGGACUCGAGGGUCGUUGUCGACAGAAAUGCAGUCACCAGCCAGGGUCCAGGAACUGCGAUCGAGUUUGGUCUUGCUUUGGUGGAGAAGCUGUAUGGCAAAGAGAAGAUGGAGGAGGUUGCUGGGCCUCUGUACGUGCGCCCUCAACAUGGAGCUGAAUAUACCGUAGAAGAGCUUAAUUCGGCUGAAUGGAAAUGUAGUAGCACACCUCAGGUUCUUGUUCCGGUUGCUAAUGGUUCAGAGGAAAUUGAAGCUGUCAAUUUGAUAGAUGUGUUGCGUAGAGCAGGAGCAAAUGUUAUUGUUGCAUCGGUGGAGGAGAAGUUACAAACUGUGACCCGUCGCCAUAAGUUCAAUCUAAUUGCUGAUAUGAUGUUGGAUGAAGCCACUGAAAUGCAAUUUGAUUUGAUUGUCAUGCCGGGAGGUUUGCAAGGUGCUCAGAAGUUUGCUAGUACAAAGAAACUUGUUGACUUACUCAAGAAACAGGCAGAAUCAAAUAAACCAUAUGGUGCAAUAUGUGCCUCUCCAGCUCAUGUGCUUCAGCCACAUGGUUUACUGAAGGGCAAGAAGGCGACAGCAUUUCCACCUAUGUCACACCUGCUCACAGAUCAGAGUGCAUGUGAGCAUAGGGUUGUUGUAGAUGGUAACCUUAUCACCAGUAGAGCCCCAGGCACUGCAACAGAGUUCGCCCUAGCCAUUGUUGAAAAACUGUUUGGUCGAGAUAAAGCUGUCAGCAUAGCCAAGGAAAUGAUCUUUAUGUGAUAUUGCACUGACCUGGUGGUGUGAGAAGUAUAAUAAUGUGAAUAAACAUAACAGAAACCUGUUAGUCAUGCUUCUGGUUCUAUGCCUGAACUGGUAAUAGCUGCCUGAGGAUUUCAAUUGAAUACUUGAAUGGUACUAUUACAUCACACUGUAAACUGUGAACCAAGAUCGUACAUUUUGCAUACCAUAAGAGAAAGGUUAGUGUGACUCGUUACUUGUAAAUACUUGUCCUGUCUGUUCAGUGAAACACCAAGUGGAGGUGCUGCCUUCCCACCACCCACCUGCUCUGCCUCUAAUCAUCAUGGAUUUACACGAAGUUAAGAAGCUGUUUGGUCAAUCAAGAGAGAGUGCAGGACAUUGGCAGCAAUCUGGUCUUCAUGUCACAGUAAACUGUACUGUAAGCUAUUGAUUUGAUAAGCACUGUACUCUUUACGAUGUACGAACUCUUUUAUCCUUGUUAUUACAGCUCUUCUUUUUUUGUUUCUGAUAUGUGCAGUUUUUAGAUGUAGGAUUCAGACAGGGAAAACAACAACUAAUAUGUACAAGAAGUCAAAGUAUACUCUUGAAAGCAUUCUGUUUAGCUUUAGGCCAAUUUUAUUCUUCUUAAUUGAAAGGAAGAGCUCCUUCUGUUUCACUUA